AACUUUCUUAAACUCUCUUUCUGUUCUGCAGCUUCAAAUUUUUAAUAUACUAUCCGUAUAAGAGAAUAUUCGUACAACUUCUGUGUUCUUUAAAUGCCAAAGGAGUUUCUUAUGAUUGGAUAAUUUGAAAUUAAUUCAAGUUGAAGUAGCAAUAGAAGUAGCAAUGUCGACGGAGAAACUCAUAGAAAACGCGCCGGCGUCGGCAAUGUCAUCGAUGCAUUCACUUCGUUACUACGCCGAGCCGGCGACAAUCUUUGAGGAAUUGCCCAAAGCGACUAUCAUUGCGGUGUCAAGAGCAGAUGCUAGUGAUAUAAGCCCUUUGCUUUUGUCAUACACAAUUGAAGUCCAGUACAAGCAGUUCAAGUGGCGCUUAGUGAAGAAGGCCUCACAAGUUAUUUAUUUGCACUUUGCAUUGAGGAAACGUGCAAUAAUUGAGGAACUCCAUGAAAAACAAGAGCAGGUUAAAGAAUGGCUUCACCACAUUGGUAUAGGAGAACAAACAUCUGUCAUACAUGAUGAUGCUGAACCCGAUGAUGGUGCUGUGCAAAUUUACAGUGAAGAUAGUAUUAGAAACAGGUAUGUUCCAUCCCAGGCUGCUUUAUCAAUCAUUCGUCCAGCAUUGGGCAGGCAGCAAACCAUUACAGAAAAAGGGAAAAUUGCUAUGCAAAAGUAUCUGAAUCAUUUUUUGGGGAAUUUGGACAUUGUAAAUUCUCGAGAGGUGUGCAAGUUUUUGGAGGUAUCCAAGUUAUCAUUCUUACCAGAAUAUGGCCCAAAGCUCAAGGAAAAUUACGUAAUGGUUAAGCAUUUGUUGAAAGUUCCCAAAGACGAGGAGGAUGCGGGAUGUUGCAUAUGUUAUUGGUCUGGCUGUUGCAAGAGCAAGUGGCAAAAGGUCUGGGCUGUUUUAAAACCUGGUUACUUGGCCUUACUAAACAAUCCUUUUGAUGCAAAAUUACUGGACAUUAUUGUGUUCGAUGUGCUUCCAACGUCUAAUGAGAAGGGAGAGAAUCCAGUAUACUUAGCAGAGGAAAUAAGAGAAAAAAAUCCUUUGCGAUAUGCAUUUAAGGUUUGUUGUGGGAACCGCAUCGUAAAGUUUAGAACCACGAGCAAUGCCAAAGUCGAUGAUUGGAUAUCUGCAAUCAAUGAUGCUGUUCUUAAACCUCCGGAGGGUUGGUGUAACCCUCACCGCUUUGGUUCUUUUGCUCCAUUGAGGGGGACAAAUGAUGAUGCCACUCAAGCUCAGUGGUUUAUAGAUGGUAAGGCAGCAUUUGAGGCAAUUGCUUCUUCAAUAGAGAGUGCAAAAUCUGAGAUCUAUAUAACUGGAUGGUGGCUUUGCCCAGAACUGUACUUGAGACGUCCAUUUGACAACCAUAGCUCAUCUAGACUUGAUGCAUUACUUGAGGCUAAAGCCAAAGAAGGGGUCCAGAUUUAUAUUCUUCUCUACAAGGAGGUUUCUAUUGCUUUAAAGAUUAACAGUUUAUACAGUAAAAGAAAGCUUCUGAAAAUUCACAAAAAUGUUAAAGUCCUGCGAUAUCCGAACCAUUUCUCCGCAGGGAUCUACUUGUGGUCGCACCAUGAAAAGAUUGUCAUUGUAGACAACAAGAUUUGUUAUAUUGGAGGUCUAGAUUUAUGUUUUGGCCGUUAUGACACAAGAGAACACAACUUGGCUGAUCCACCUCCUUCUAUUUGGCCUGGGAAGGACUACUAUAACCCAAGGUAA